AUGGAUUCAUUAGAAUUGUUAAAUUUAAAUAGAUCAACUAUUUAAGAUUUCAAUAUUCCAAAUAUAAAUUCAGAAUCUAAAAUGCCAAAUAGAAAUUACUCUUAAACUUAAUUGAAUUCUUAUAAAAUUAGAUAAAAUACAUUAAGCACUUGUCAGAAUUCUUAAAGAAGUUUAAAAUUAUAAACUAAAGAUAACGGAUAUCAUCGGAUUGCCUAUUAAUAAUAAAUUAAGAAAAAUCAAAUAUCAUUAAAAACAAAAAGAUCUGUUUCAUCUAUUUCUAGUACAUCUUCAAUGCAAUAAUCAUUUCUUAAAAUGGAAGAAAAAAUGAGAAAAUUCAAAAUGAAUCAUCCAGAAAUAAUAGAUCAAAAAUAUAUGAUAUCUGGAUAUCUAGAAUUAUCCAAAGAUUAUAAAACCUUAGUUCUUACUAUUAGAAAAUAUGGAUAAGAUUUAGAUGCUGUCUUAAAAUUUGGAUUAAAUGAUUUAAAAGAAGAUAAUAUUAAUAAGAUUGAUUAAUUCUUUGAAAAUCACUCGAACUUAUUAUAAACUAAAGUAGAUGAUUAUUUUAAAAUUAAAGAAUGUUUCUACAGAUUCUUAAGAAUGCGAAUCUAAGUAUGCAGAAUUAUGAUUUUAGGAACCUUAUUAUUAUAGAGUUAAGAAGAAAAUUCAUAUUAUUGAAAAAUAGAAUAAAAUCUUUGAAACAUUUCGUAUUUAUUUAGAAUCAUUUAAAUUUAUUAAUAAGGAAGGAUUUCAUUAUUUUUAAGAAGAUUUAGAAAGUAUGAAAAAUUUCAAAAAACCUCCUAUUCAAGAAUCUUUUGGGUAACUGUUUGAUGAAAAAAUUGAAAAACUUAAAGAAUAAAUGUAUAAAACAAAAGAAUUAAAAGAUGGUUAAGAAUUAAGUAAAAUAUUUGACCAUAAAAUUGAAUAAAUUAAAAGAUGGAAAUAAUUAAUCAUAAAGUUAGCAUAUUUUUAAUAUAUUUUCACCAUAAAAUAUUUAUUAAACACAAAUUCAAAAUCUAAGAAAAUAAUAAAAAGCAAAAAAUUAUAUGAUUAAAUAUUUUAACUUUUAGAAGAAGUUGAUAAAUUUUAAAUUGAGAAUUUUUCUAUAAGUUAGGUUUAUUAAGAGGAAAUUUCUUAAUUUAAAUAUGGUUUUAAUGAAAUAAAAUAAUAAAUUAUUUAAUGGAAUAUAAAACUAAGAGAGAAUUAAUUUUAUAAUUCAAUUUUAAUACUAAUAAAGUAAAAUUUAUAGCUUAAACGUGUAAAUUAAUACUUAGAAAAUAUAAUAUUAGUAAUUAAUUUUAUAAUCUCUAGAUAAGAGAAUAAGAAGAUUAUGAUCAAAGAAAUGAAGCAAAAGCAACAGAUCUUAUAGUAAAAACAAAGUUACAAUUAUAAAAUAAUGCUCAUACACUACAAUAGAUAAAGUAAUGCGAAUAAAUAAAGGAUGACGAAUAUAUUUAAAAACAAUUUAAUAAAUUCAUAGUUUUAAAGGAUUAUUUUUAGAAUUUAAAGUAAGAGUUUGAAAUCUGA